UCUGGGAGCUUCAGUGAUCUGGGAAACCACAAAAUGAAUGCCAUGAAGUAUGAUGAUGUGCAUAUUUACUUCACUUGUGAAAAGUGGACUUUGAUGGAUACUUCUCAGAAGAAUCUCUACAAAGAUGAGAUGCUAGAGACCUACAAGAACCUCAAUGAUAUAGGAUACACUUGGGAAGAUCAUACUAUUGAAGAACAUUGUGUAAGUUCUAAAAGACAUGAAAGCUGGCAUUUUCCAUACUGGUAGGGCAGCCACUUUCCUGGAUACCUCCCUCCCAAAUAAAUCUGUUCAAUGAGUUUCAGUGAGGACCUUCUUUUACCACAGUGGACACAGAACUCCCUAGUGGAGAGCAGCAGAGAAGCAAUGUAUACCUCUGAUGGGAAUCUCCCUUAGGGGAGUAGAGCAGAAGAAAAAUCUUUUUACUGGUGAUGUAGCAGACUGCUACAUUUCUGGAGCAGUUUCCCCUACAGUUGAGUGAAGCAGAAAAGUGACAAUUUGGGCUGGAUCUAAGAAGAAAUGGUUAUCGUUGCUUGGAAACUUCCUAGUGGAGAAGACAAGAGAAGCAAUGGACACUUAUGCUGGUAAACUCUAUUAGCAGAGUGGAGCAAAUCUCAUUUUAAUGGUUCUCUCUCUGAGAGUACCUGGAGAGCUACAUCCUGCUAAGAGACCAUCCCUCACUGGAACAUAGCUUCAUGCAUAGCCUGACAUCUUGACUGUCAGAAUACAUUUUCCUCACAUCUGUGGCUUUCCAGGAUAUUUUCCUUUUACAGUUGUAGGUAUAGCAUGUCUUCUGACACUCAGGGUAGAGUUUUCUUCAGAGUCCUAGGUGUCCAGGACACAUUUUCUCUAAAUAUUAAGGAAUAGCUUGACUUCCAAACAGUGAGGGUACCGUUCUCUUCAGAACUGCAGGUAUUCAGGACACCUUCCUUUCACAGGUGUAGGUAUAGACUGACUUAUGACAACUGGGAAACCAUCUUUUCCUCCAUAGCUGUAACACUUGCACAGUGAUUUUAAAUGAUAGUGUAUCACUUUUAGACUUAUGCUUCUCUUCAAGUGCAUGAAAUAUCUAA